AUGAUUUUCUCAUUAUUCACCACUAUUCGAGCUUCUCACUACCAUACACUUACUCAGGUAAGAGCUUCUGACAAAGGGUUACUCAUAACUCCUGAUUCCUGGUUUGUCAAGAUUGUUUCUACUUUCUUUCUUUGCCCUAACCCUUUGGAUGAUAGAUUUUUGGGCUAUUUCCAUAAGCACUUGACCCCUUCACUUGUGUUGGAGGUGGUUAAAAGGCUUAACAAUCCGAGCUUGGGUUUCAAGUUCUCUCAGUUCACUAGCGAAAGGUUGAAUGUGCCUCAUUCAUUCUGGACUUAUAAUAUGCUUGAGGUCCCCUUGCGAAGCAGGCUUGAUGUUUCAAAGGAAUUACUGGUUGAAGCUCACUGGAAUAAGGUUCAAGGAGCUUAUGAGAUCAGACCCUUGUAUAGAAACCUUUACUUUCAACAUUUUAAUCCGAGAAUUCACAAGGUUGAUAGAGCAUGUGAUUUACUGAAAGAGGUUUGUUUAAAUGUCAUUAGCUAUACAACAGUAAUCUCGGGUUAUUGCAGAUUGGGUGGCAUGGCUUUUGCGCUGGGCAUGCACAAGAAGAUGCUCUUGCAUGGUUAUCCUCCUAGUGUUGUUAAUUUAACUUCCCUAAUUGACGGCUAUUGCCGAGAUGGCUGGGUGAACCAUGGCUUGGACCUAUGGCAUGAAAUGAAUGCGAGAAAUAUCCCUGCGAACUUAUAUACUUUCUCUGUUCUUAUCAGUGCUUUGUGCAAGAGCAAUAGACUGCAAGAAGCUCGUGACCUUUUGAGACUAUUGAAACAGAGUGACAUUGUUCCCGUGUGUUUUGUCUACAAUCCUGUCAAUGAUGGAUAUUGCAAAUCUGGUAACAUUGAUGAGGCUAAUGCAAUUGUUGCGAAAUGA